AUGAGUGGUAUCAAAACACAAACUGUUCAGAUAGUUCCAAAGCUGAGAAGUGGUUAUUAAUAAGAAAACAAUUUGUAGGAAGCUAAUAAGAUUACUAAAAAUGUAAUUGAGCAUUAUGACGCAAGAGAUUUGAGAUUGCAGGAUUUACAGGAUUGCUAAAAAGUUUACAAAGUGAUUAAAAAGGAGACCACUACAAAGUGGAUUUUAUUAUCAAAAUUGGAUGAGUGCAGAGCAUAAAUAAAAUUAGAAUUAUAAUAUUUAAAAACAUUAGUGAUUUAUGUACAGAACAAUAGACAUGGAAUGAAUAAAUAACAAUAGCUAGAAUUGAAUUAAUUAUAGAUACUCCUAAAUAUCUUUGAGACAUAUGUAGACCAGGUGGAAAACAAUACGUAUGAUAAGAAAGAAAAACUCAAACGCCUUAAAUCAUCUGAAUUUGAUGACAAAUAAAAAACCAUCAAUGAAUGGAAAAAAUAGAUUAAUAAAAAUGAUAUCCUCUUAGAUAAAAUGUAACCAUCCAUUUCAGAAUGGAAAUAGAUCCCAUUAAAGCUUUUAGACGAAGUUCUAACUUCAUCCUAUGAUCUAAAACUUAAAUUAUUACAAGAACCAGAUAGUAUCAGUUCUGAUAGAACUUUGAAAUACUAAAAUUUGAUACAGGAACUUAGAAAGAAGUUGAAUCUUGAUUAAUACAAGAGAAGUAGAAACCAAUUCGAUGAAUUCCAAUAAAUAAUUGACAAUUUCAAUUAUCACAUUCCAAAAUUAUAAGAAAUGAAUCAAUUAAAUUUGGCUUAAUUGAAGGAAAUGAAAAGAAAACUUAAAAACAAAUCUAAAUCCAAUAUUAGUCAGAUGAACUCUACCAAGUCCUCUCCUAGAAAGGAGGAAUCUACACUUCAACAAAGCGAAGUCGAUAAUUAUUUAUAACAAUACUAGAAAGAAAAACAAAGAAUAAGUAGAAUAGACAAAGCACAAUAUAAAUAGAAUAUCAAAGAAUCUUAGAGGGAAGUUUUCAUAGCCAAAAACAAUUAAGGCUCCAUUCAAAAAUUACACCAGAGCUUUGAUAUCAAUAAAUUGAAUACAAGUAAGGGACAUAGAGAAUACAUAAUCUCAAUGAUUGAUGGAUAAUUAUUGAAACCCUACACUCCAUUAGUUAGAUUAAGAAAAGAGGAUUCCAGAGAAACAUGUCAAAAUUCUCAUAUCAAUGAAACCUAAUCCAGAAAAUUGAGUCUUAGAAAUGCUUCUCCUUAAUCCUUCGUGGAUAGAAUAUCAUAAAAGAUCAAUGAUGUUACCACUUGUGAAGAGGAUGAUACUUAUUCAAAAAUGGAAUUCCCUGAACUCCAUUUGUCAAGAUAGUAAGGUUAUAUAAGCAAAUAAAACCAUAAAUUCGUAAAACAAUAAUAUAAUCAAAAAUUUAUCUAGAAAGUCAAUAACAAUGAAGUUAAACUAGUGAAACAAUGCUAAGAUUUCUACACUACUAGGAUGAAAUUCAAUGAUAAAUUCACCUAAUUGGUUUCAACCUUACAUAAGGAUCGCCCUUUAACUUCCAGCAUAAGAUCAAGGUCUUUUACAGCAAAUUAGAAUUAGAGAUAAGAGAAAAUCUAAAAAUUAAGAAAAGUUGCUGAAAAAGCACGCCAGAAUUUCUUUUUUCGAAAUAAGGAGUAAAGAGAAUGGCAUUAAAAUUUGGUUCAUGAUUUUAAAUUAUCUGAUGCAACUACUUAAUAUAUUUUGGAAUAAUUGUAAUACAUUCUUGAAGAGGGAUUGUUCAUAUAAGUUGAUGACAUUAUAAACAUGGUACAACAAAUUGAAGAAUCAUCUGAAAUGAAAGUGACUUCAAAAAGUUGUCAACUUCUUAAUACAAUUUUCAACUACUUUGGAAUAUAAAUCUCUGAAUUAAAUUAACAUAAGAAAUUUAAGAACUUCCAUUCUUAUAUUGAUUGA